CACUUCCAGCACUUUCCAACACUAGCACCAGUGAAAUAAACAAAAAUGCUUGAGAUAAAACCAAUAACUAUGAGGAUUUUUCGUUGAUAAAAGCCGUUGAUAACGCCUUAAGCCCGGCCAAGAUGGAUCGGUUCGCAUUCAAGAUCGACGCGGCGCUGAAGGCGAAUCUCUGCAAGAUCUGUCGGCUGUGCGGCAUCGAUAAUCCAGGAAAAGUGCAAAUACUGCUGCCUAAUGAAUUAGAGACCAUCGACCUGGACGAGCCCAGUAUGUCCCAAAAGAUCUACGAACUGGUGGGCUUUACGGUGUCCAUGGACGAUAAAAUGCCGCAGACAAUGUGCAGCCAGUGCGUGGAGAAAAUCAAUGAUUUUUAUGAGUUUCGAGAAAUGUGCUACGCCACAAACAAGCAGACGCGCAACCUACUAGGACUAAAGCAAAUAGAGCCCACAAAGCUCAUUGAUUUUAAGCCCAUUUCGAAGGAGGAACUGCACCUUUCCGGGGCAGCUGGAAAGCGGGGAAGAAAACGCAAGGGAGAGGACACCUGGUUAAGAAGUAAUCUUAAUGCUAAGCCACAGGUCAAGAAGGAGCCAUUCGUGUGGCACAAGAAGCAGCGCCUGCAGCCUCCUCUGACGGCUCCCAUAAAGCCAAAAACCGAGCCUGAAAUCAAAGAGGAGCCGGCUGAACCGGAGACCAGCCUUAGGUUGCCACCGAAAAAGGGACGCAAGUCCAUUUGUAGCGUCUGCGGCGAAAAAUUUCUUAGCAAGGAACUGGCCGAUGAGCACAAGAGUCUGGUGCAUGUGCCGUCGAUUCCGCGCUACACGUGCAACGCCUGCAACCAGACGCAUCAUAAUCAGAGCGACAUCCGAGCCCAUCAGCUGUGGCACAAGCUCUCAAAGACGCCUUACAAGUGUCCCCUGUGCGAGACCAGCGUGGCCAAUGCCUACGCCUUUACUCGCCACUUACGGGAGCACACACCGCCCACACCUGUUCAGCUGCUCGUGCUGGACCGGGAGUGCCCGUUGUGCAAGAAGACCUUUGUCACGAACUUCUUCUACAACACUCACCGCUGUGCCAUUCGCAAACGCAAGUGUGGCGGCUGCAGUCGCGCCCUAAACACUGAGGCCGCCUACAUGCGCCACGCCCCCACCUGCCCGAAGAUUUACCUCAAUCACUCGAAGCACAUAAUGCCCGAGGCUGUGACUAAUGAGGCACAAAUGCCUAUCAAGAACGAGGUAGAGGACGAUUUGUUGGGCCUCCCUCCGGCCAUUGCGUUGCCACCGGACUUCGUGAUAGACGAGGGAAUGCAGCCGAUAGUGGUCCUGGAGCGCCUGUCAUCGCCUCUGCUGCGGGCUUCGGCUGGAGUAAACCGACUGGGCGCCACUAAGAGCAGAAAUAGCGAUCGGGUCUCGGCGAAGAACUACUUGAAACGAGUUGAUCAGUUGCUCAAGAAUACAAUAAACACUCUGGUCAGCAUCAAACAUGAGCCGGAGGUGCACAUCAACGACACGGGGCCAGCGGCAGAGGAGGCACAAAGCGAACCCGAGCCAGAAAGGGAAGAGGAACCUUCUUAUUUUGGCGAUGAUUUCCAGGCAGCUAACGAUGACAGUGAGGAGGAAGCGCAACCGGAGGCAGCAUCCGAUGAAGCUGCUCCACCUGCCAGUGAUGAUCUGCCCAGUGUAUCGGUCAAACAGGAACCCGUAGAUGAUGCCUAUGAAAAGCCAAUGGGGGUUAAACAGGAGCCACUUAAACUUAAGCUGAAAAUCACCAAGAACCACGGCAAGCUAAACUCUUCGCUUAUAGACGAUCUUGAUGAGGCAGGUCAGGCAUCUGGCAGGAGCAACAAAAAGAAAAAGAAGCGAAAGCACAAGGAACGGGAGAAGGAGGCAUCGGCGGAGGCAGAAAGCUGCCAACCAGAAGCUCAGAAUCAGCCCGUCGUUAGAAUAAAACAAGAACCCAUUGAUUUCGCUCCCAUGGCCACUGUCAUGACCACCAUUCCCAUGACCCAAUUGGAAAGCAGCUUCAAUGAAAGCCAACCGGAUGAGGAAGAGGAAAAGGAUAUGGCCCAGCACCAGGAAGAUGUUAAGCCCAAUCGCACGGAGCUUGAUCGUUUGAUGCAGAUUUCACAUGUGGCCAGUGGCGUAGAUAUGGCAGAAGAGGCAAUGACUUUGGAGAGAGCCGAAGAAGCCACUCCCGAUGAACAGACAGCAGAGGAAUCGCUGACCAAGAAAUCCCCGCCCAAAUCAAAGUUUGUAAAGUCCACAGCACGCAAAAGUACUGGAGGCGCUAUAUGCAAGACUCCUACGCCUCCGAAGCAGGCGCCUCUGCCGCAGAUCGUGGCCGUGGAGAGUGGCGAGGCGGUGACGUUUAAUAUUAUGCCAAAUAUUUCCAUCAAGUCUGAGCCAAGAAACCGCGGCUAUGGGGAUGAGCCCGAAGAAGAGGAAGCAACCACAGAAGAGAUUAACCACAACGAGAAAAUGGACGAGGAGGAUGCCUACAUAGGCAAUUUAGAUUUGAGCAAAGUGACCGUUAAGAAGGAGAAAGACCUGGACAUUUCCGAGUCAGAGGCCCAGCACUGCAACGGAUUAGGGAAGGUCGAUGAAAGCGAAGGCGACGACGAGGGCAAUGAGGACAGUGGAUCAUCGGCCGAUGAAGCUGAAGAAGCCAUGGAGGAGGACGAAGAAGAGCGCAUUUAUCGUGAAAUCGAGUUUCCCCCUUUGGAACCCCAAAACGAGGGGGAUCUAGCCUCACAUACGGCCCAAGAGGGGCCAGAAAGAAUGGACACGGAGGUAUCAGCUGCAUUACCAGCUGGAGAGAACUCUCCGCAAACUCCGGAAGUAUUUGGUGUGGAAAAACCACCAGAGCCUGCUUUCAGUUUGGUCAUAACUAAUAUAUGCAGUCAAGCGAUACAGAAACCUGCGACAGCUAAUGUUGCCUCUAACCUUGAAAAUCCACCGCCUAUGGCCAACGAGAGCCAAUCUUUAAUUGAUGCUGACUGUAACUUAACAAUGGAUCUUCCGCCAUCUGGAAUGGACAUUAAAAAUUCAAUGGAAGAACAGACAGGGCUGUGCUCUACCCCUGAAAAUCCUUCUGCAAGUGAUAUUCAAUCAUCGGUAGAAUCUCAUCAGGCAGUUGAAGCUCACUCCCAGUCAGAGGAUGACGUUAACCUUGAAAAUCCUCCUUUAGCUGUCAUAAACAUACAAUCUUCAAUGGAUGCUGCCUCUACCUCUGUUGAAUCCCAUUUUGGUAAUCCUUCAUCUGGUCCAAAUGAGAUUCAAUCAUCUCACCCGAAUUGUGGAAGCCAGUCCCAAACAGAGUUUACAGUUGAACUGCAAACUAACCGUGAGGGUGAACACCAAUCCGUGGCAGAAUUUGGUUUUUAUCAUCCAAUCGAACGUCACUCCUCGAAAAAUGAUGGAUCUAACAUUGAACUGCCACGUGCUCCAGUUGAAAAUCAACCCCUGGAAAUCACCGCACAUCGCACAUUAAGCCUGGAAAAUCCACCGGCAGCUAUAAACAACGAGAUAGGAUUCCUCCCAAGUAGUAGCUCUGCUGCGGAUAAUUUUGGAAUUUCUAUUGCUGAAAACCAAUCCCCCGCAGCCACAAAUUCACCCCUCUCCAACGAAACCUCGGAAUCGCCGGAGAAAUGUGUCAAUGACCAUGACUUGGAAGCUUGCAAUGCAGAGUCUCUACCAACGGUUUCACUCAACGCUCUUAAAGACAGUGACACUCAGGCUUUGCCGAGUUGCGAUGCAGCUUACGUAGAUAAUAAUUACACAUGCGACGAGGAGCAGCAGAAUGUUCUCAACCAUGAGCUUUCCGAGCAGCAACAGGCUUCAUUGGAAGAUGUACAGCAGUUGGUUCACGAGGAGCAGCCGGCUAUACUUGAGCUUAUCCCAACGGGAUCAUCGGCGAGACCAACUGAGGAGACUGAGAACCGCAUCAAUGAGCAGCAGCAGGAGCUGGACCAGGAGGAGCAACGGCAGCCACGCUGUCAGGCCAUUGACGACUCAAAUAUCAACGAAAUAGCCGAAAACAAUAACAAUGCCAACAUUGAGCGCGAAUUGCAAGAUGAUGCUGCGCUCGGGGCUCAGGAAAACGUAAAUCCGUAGACUACAAUUAGAUAAUAGGCCAUUUCCAAUAUUAAAUUGCAUGUUCUUUUCGAUUCGGUUUAAAAUUGUAAAUAUGUAUGGAUGGUAAAUCAUGCUUUGGUAAUUGGAUAAAAUCGGAGCUAUAGCCCCAGCGCAUAACUUAUACCAUAAAUUGCGAAUAAACUUUUUACGGAUAGCAUUAGUGUUAAGUUAGAUAUACACAACUUUAUUACAUAAAUUAAUGGCUUAUAUAUUAGCAUAAGUAAGUAUUAUGUAUUGAAAUACAUAAAUCGCACAAAACUCUUUUGACAUGCGUACAUAUAAUCCAAAAUCUGAUCCACAUAAAUUUCCUGCUCUGACAAGCUUAUUGGGUUUAGUAGUUUAAAAUAGUCACAAAAACAAACAUAUACGUAAUAUUGAUUUAAUUACAAACACACAGAAGAAAAAUGACUACAAGUUUGCAUUAAAUGCACUCAAACUAAAUUGAAAAUACUUAUGAGUUACUAGGUUAUUAAUCGAUUGGGAGUAACUGGAUGUAAUAGACAGCUUUUAGCGGACGCAUCGGAGCCCGAGGAAGCCUUGUCAAAAUAAGUUGCAUUCAUCUCCUAUUUGAUUGGUUUAGCCACACUUAUUACAUUAGUUAAUUAUUAUUUUAACAAGUAGUGAAUUAUUACUGAGCAAAUUUAGUAUGUGGUUAAUUGCGGGCAAUUCUAUUAGUUCAAACUUGUGUAUUUAUAAUAAUUCUCAACUGUGGCUUUAUUAAGAGUAGUCACAGUUUAUUUUUGUUUGAUCCUUUCGUUUGUUAUAGAUUUAUAAAAUAUAUUCACUAUAAUAAAUUUAUAUCGCUCAG